AUGGGUUCCCUUUCAGAUCUCGAGGCUGGGGAUCAAAAGCCCACACAAAUACAUUCCCCGCAAGAAUCUGAUUCAGAGGAGACUUGUCUAAAACCAAUUGAAUCGAGCGCACGCGAUUUGUCUACAUGGCGCAAAUGCUUAAUUUUGUUUAUUGUCAGCUGGAUGACGCUGGGUGUUACGUUUUCCAGUACUUCGUUGCUGCCCGCUAUACCAGAGAUUGCGUCUGAGUUUUCGACGAGUUCGGAAAUUCUCAAUGUUAUUAAUUCCGGUGUUCUUAUUGCUAUGGGUCUUUCGUCUUUUAUAUGGGAUCCUAUUACUAAGAUCUUUGGUCAGAAAGUUGCCUAUAAUGCAGCUAUUGUUGUGCUCUGUGGAUGUUCUGCUGGAACGGCAUUGUCUAUCAACUUGCACAUGUUUAUUGCGAUGCGCAUCCUGAGUGGCUUCACUGGAACCUUUUUCAUGGUUGCUGGAAAUACUAUCAUCGCCGAUAUCUACGAGCCGGUCGUCAGGGGUACUGCGAUUGGUGUCAUGAUGGUUGGUUCUGUCAGCGGACCUGCAAUUGGCCCCUGUAUCGGUGGUAUAAUUGUCACUUUCUCUCAUUGGCGCAUUAUAUACUGGCUCCAAUGUGGCAUGUCAGCACUUGGUCUCAUUCUCUCGAUUCUAUUCAUACCCGUCCUCGAGAAAAUGACUGAGACCAAAGAGCCUAUUAAGGCGUCCUUUGUUCUACACAUGUUCAACCCUCUACGCAUCCUCCGCCCAUUCAUUUACCCAAACGUGUUUCUCUGUCAUCUCACUUGCGGCCUUCUUUCAACUUUCCAAUACGCCCUCCUCACUUCUGUUCGCACUAUCUUCAACCCUCGUUUCAAUUUAACCUCUCCACUGGUCAGUGGAUUGUUCUACCUUUCACCUGGAAUGGGCUUCUUGAUUGGAAGUGUCAUGGGUGGCAAGUUGUCCGAUCGUGCAGUUAUCAAGUGGAUCCGCAAGCGCAAUGGUGUGCGUCUGCCUCAAGAUCGACUGAAUAGCGGUCUCGCUACUCUUUUUGCUGUCCUUCCGGCCUCGACUCUGAUCUAUAGCUGGACUCUACAAGAGGGGGUCGGCGGUAUGGCCGUGCCUAUCAUCGCUGCUUUCAGCGCUGGCAUAGGACUACUGGGCUCGUUCAAUGGCCUGAACACGUAUUCAGCCGAGGUCAUGCCACAUAUUCGCUCUGAGGUGAUCAGUGGUAAAUAUCUAGUACAAUACUUGUUCGCAGCCGGCUCAACAGCAGCCGUGGAGCCUUUAAUCGGUGUAAUUGGGGUCGGUUGGACAUUUACAAUAUGUGUUUUCUUCGCUAUUAUCGGUGGUGUCAAUGUCUUCAUUAUCACUAGAUGGGGACUGGAAAUGCAACGAUGGGUUGAGCGCAAGCUUGAUAUCAAGCCCACCACAAACUGA